CUUUGAGACCAUCAUAUGAUAUCUCAUAUAUACCUCCGAUUACCACGAGUUUCUUUUCUUGUAUUGACACAUAUUUACACGAAUACCAGCUCUUCUUCCGGUGCGGAGGAAACGGAUGCCAAACAAACGGAUACCGAAGAGAAAGCGGAAGACCCGGUCUAUGCGGAUAUCGUACGGGUGUUGAGACCGGCGGACCCGGGAGUGGGCAUCGAGUGGUUGGCGCAACAGUACGUGCGUCGAGUGGUCGCCGAUCACUACUCGUUUAACGUAAUGCUUUUGGGACAGACGGGUGUCGGCAAGUCUACGCUCAUUGACUCGCUAUUCAGGGCCCACUUCUUGGACGACUCGACCCGAAGCCAUCGCCUGUCGAGAGUGGAAGUGGUGGCCAAUCGGUACGAACUAUGCGAAAACGAUGUCCGCAUAGAUCUCGGUGUUAUCGAGUGCCGCGGUUUUGACGAUCAGCUCACCAAAGAUAAGUCUUACGAACCGAUUGUUGAUUACAUUAACAAACAAAUGGACAUCUAUUUGGAAGAAGAGCUCAAAACAACGCACAGAGAUAAGUGCAAAGACACGAGAGUUCACGUGUGUCUGUAUUUGAUAUCUCCUGUGGGACACGGACUCAAAGCCAUCGAUUUGGUCACAAUGAAGGAGUUGUACGCGAAGUGCAAUUUGAUUCCAGUCAUAGCGAAGUCGGAUCUGAUCACCGAACAGGAGAUGCACGACAGGAAGCGCAAGAUUAUGGCCGACAUUGAGGACAACGGUAUCGCCAUAUAUAGGUUCCCGAUCGACGAUCUGGAAGUGGCGGCGAUUAACGCCAAAAGCAACGCAAAGUUGCCGUUCGCUGUGGUGGCCAGCAAUGACUUCGUGACCGUUGGCCAGCGAGAGGUCAGGGCUCGACAGUACCCGUGGGGUACUGUUGAAGUGGAGAACGAAAGCCAUUCAGACUUUACAAGACUUCGGGAUAUGUUAUUACGAGUGAAUAUGAAUCACUUGAAAGAGACCACACAUUCGCAGCACUACGAGCUCUACCGAAGCGAACGAUUGGAUCAGCUCUUGAUCGAGACUCAGACCAAACACUAUUCGGAAUUGAAUCGAAUAGAAAGUGAAUUAGUGGCCAAAUAUAAGGCUAAGUUCGGCGCCAAAGAUCAGGAACUGAAGAAUAUGGAGAGAGAGUUGCACUUGAAGUCCGAGAAGUGGAAGAAAAUGUUCAUCGAGAACAGGGAUCAGUUGGAACUGAGCCGACAGGAACUCGAAGAGAGUAUAAUUAAUCUAAAUAUGCGGAAACAGUGGUUCAAAGUGAAAAUGGAGGGCAAUGUAGACAAAGAUGGUAAGGAUGGUAAGAAUCACAAGAGUCCUAAACACAAGAAAUAAUCAAAAUGAUGAUCAUUUUAUAAAAUGAACAAUUUAUUUAUUUUUAAUAUCGAUAA